AUGGGAAUAGAGCUGCUGGACAUGAGCUCUAAGACAGCAGCUGUUCCGGCCUUUAUGGCCAACUGGUCGCCAGAACGCCGGCGGGCGUUUCAAGAAGACACGGCGAACGCAGCAGCAGCACGACUGCAGGAAGCUGCUGCUGGGGCCCCACAGCUGACUUUUGCAGAUCUGGAGUUGCUGCUGCGACAGCAGCUGAACUGCACAGCUGCAGAGUUCAGCGGAAGUGCGAGCAGCAGCAGCAGCUGCUGCAGCAGCAGCAGCAGCAGGUUUAGAGACCCCACAUUGGACACAGCAGCAGCAGCAGCAGCAGCAGCAGCAGCAACAACAGACGCAGCAGCAGAAAUAGCAGCUCAAGAAGGAGAUGACAACACGGAUGCUGGACUCAAAAUCAAACAACCAAUUCUAGACCCUUUCGCGGGGCCCCCCGAGGGUCUAGAGGCCCCCCACCGCAUUUCCGAGGCCCCAACAGUCCACGAUUGCGCGCUUUGA